CUCACCAAGAAACAGGAAUUUAUAGGAAUUCCAAGUGGAGAAGAACCGCUGGACUUUCAUGGAGGGCCGGGUAAGUCCAGUCUUCCGGCUGCAGCCCGUGAACGAGGCUCACACGGAGCUGGUGAGGGUCAAGGAGGUGAAGAGGGAAGAGCAGCUGAGGAUUCAGUCCAAGCAAGCAUUCCAAGCUCAACAGGCUGCUGCCAUGGAAAGCCGUCGAAGUAUGUCUGAGGGGCUCCUCUCACGUGCCGGGCAUCGUGCUACUUUGGAGGAGCGCUUCCGGCAUCCCAACACCUGGCGCUAUGCCAAGCCUCAACGGCAGUUGAAACAUCAGGUAAUGCAGGGCGAUGGCCGGCCGAAGAUGCUCUCACGAGUCUUCCUCAACGGGGAAUGGACCUACUGCGCAUGAGCGAUCUGUAGACUGAUGAGCUUGAUGAAAGAUAUGAAAGAAC